AUGACUUCUGAAUCACAUGCCUCACCUGUUGGCCAAUCCCAGAGCCAAGCGGGUCAAGAAACUAUGGGCCCAGUCAAGGCUGAUCAGCCCUUACCCAAGACAUUGUCAAGUCAUCCUACAGCCGCUGCCGAGCAGACGUCUGACGCUAUUGAACGACUCACCUCUGAAGGCAAUGCAUCCAUCCACUCAGCCAAGGACGAUGCCACUGUCAUUGUCAACGAAGAUCCCUUGGAUCUUGGUAGGCAUCGUAGGGACGUCACCCAGAAACAGAUGAAGGCGGACCAUCCGUUGGCCAAGCCCAAGCAUAUGAAGAAAUUCUACACGAGACAAAACGCUUUGAUCGAUCAAUUUCUCCAAAGUGGUGACGAGGAACGACUAGCCGCUCUCGACCAUCUUCAGAAUGGACCAAAAGUGCGCUUUGCUGUAAAUGCAUCUUUUCUCGUCAACUUUUGCUUGUUUAUCAUCCAGAUGUACGCUGCUAUCUCGACGGGAUCGCUAUCUCUCUUCGCUACAGCUGCAGAUGCCUUCAUGGAUCUCGUUUCUUCAGUGGUCAUGCUGGUCACGUCGCGCAUGGCGGCCCGUCCAAGUGUAUACAAGUACCCAGUCGGUCGUACACGCAUUGAAACAAUCGGUAUUAUAAUGUUCUGCUGUCUUAUGACGACGGUGGCCAUACAACUCAUCAUUGAGUCUGGUAGAGCUCUUGGGAAUGGAGCCAAGGAGUCAGAAGAACUCCAUAUCAUUCCUAUUGCGUUUGUGUCACUGGCUAUCUUCUGCAAGGGAUCGCUGUGCGUCUUCUGCUUCAUUUACCGCCGAUACCCUGCAGUCCACGUCUUCUUCAUUGACCAUCGCAAUGAUAUUAUCGUCAACGCUUUCGGUCUUGCCAUGUCUAUUAUUGGUAACCGAGUCGUUUGGUAUGUCGAUCCCAUCGGUGCCAUCCUAAUUGGUCUCUUGAUCCUCUUCUCAUGGGCUGCCAAUGCCUUCGAUCACGUCUGGCUUCUUGUUGGCAAAUCCGCGCCCAAGGACUUCAUCUCAAAGCUUAUCUACUUGGUUGUCACACAUGACACACGCAUCGAGAAGGUUGACACGUGCCGAGCCUACCACGCAGGACAGAAGUACUAUGUUGAGGUCGACAUAGUCAUGGACCAAGACCUGCCUCUUAAAAUUACCCACGACGUCUCUCAGACACUCCAGCGAAAGCUCGAAGGCCUUGGAGAUGUUGAGCGAGCAUACGUCCACGUCGAUUACGAGAACGAGCACGAUAUCUACGAAGAGCACAAACCAUUGUAUGAAGUCACGCAGUCACGAACAAUCAAGGAGCGCGUCAAAGCGAUGCGAUGGCUCUUUGGCAAACAACAGAAAGAAGUAUGA